AUGCCUACUGCAGCUAAGUUGAUAAAUGCAGACAUCACUGUGGAUCAAAAGUCUUCCAGUGUGGAUGGGGAUGCUGUAACUGUCAUAGGUGGUCAUGGGUUAUCUGCAACUGGAGAACAGCACUGUCUCAAGGCUCAGGAUGAAUCAAUCCGGGAGAGUGAGCUGGAGAAAGGAGAAGGGACUCCUCGUCAGAGGAACUGGAUCCGGCCUGAUUUACCCAGCAGAUGUACCUGGAGGCUGGGUGCACCUAUUUCAGAGUCCCCUCAUAGUCACCCAGCACACCCCAAUGCCCCCAGCAUCCUCCCCAACAUCCUUGGGAAAAUUGGACACACACCUCUGGUUCGUCUGAACAAAAUCCCAAAGGAGUUUGGACUCAAGUGUGAUGUUUUGGCCAAGUGCGAGUUCUUCAAUGCAGGAGGCAGUGUGAAAGACAGGAUCGGCCUGCGGAUGGUGGAAGAUGCUGAGAGAGUCGGGAUUCUCAAACCAGGAGACACAAUCAUCGAGCCCACCUCUGGCAACACAGGUAUCAGCCUCGCCCUGAUAGCUGCAGUGAAAGGCUACCGCUGCAUUAUCACCAUGCCUGAGAAGAUGAGCAUGGAGAAGGUGGACGUGUUGAGAGCUCUUGGGGCAAAAAUAGUGCGCACACCUACUUCUGCAGCUUUCGAUUCACCAGAAUCUCACAUAGGUGCGGCUUGGCGUCUAAAGAAUGAGAUCCCCAACUCGCACAUCCUCGACCAGUAUCGUAAUGCCAGCAACCCUCUGGCUCACUAUGAUACCACAGCUGAGGAGAUACUGGAGCAGUGUGAUGGUAAAUUGGACAUGUUUGUGGCUGGAGCCGGCACAGGUGGUACACUUACUGGUGUUGCUCGAAAGUUGAAGGAGAGGUGCCCCAAUAUCAAGAUAGUCGCUGUGGACCCUGAGGGCUCCGUUCUGGUUGAAUCAAAAGAGGAGAACAAACAGAAAACUUCUUUUGAAGUGGAGGGCAUCGGAUAUGACUUCAUUCCCACAGUGUUGGACAGAUCUCUUGUUGACAUGUGGUAUAAAUCAAGUGACAUGGAGACGUUCACCAUGUCACGUAAGCUGAUCAGAGAGGAGGGUCUUCUGUGCGGCGGCAGCUCUGGCUCAGCCAUGGCAGCAGCAAUGAAGAUGGCUCGGCAGCUGGAGGAGGGGCAGCGCUGUGUUGUUAUCCUGGCCGACUCCGUCCGAAACUACAUAUCAAAGUUCCUGAGUGACAAGUGGAUGUGUGAGAAGGGCUUCCUCAACCUGGAGGCUCCGAUGGACCCCAAACCCUGGUGGUGGAACAUGACUGUUCAGUGUCUGAAGCUGCCGGCCCCCCUCACUGUGUUACCAUCUGUGUCCUGCCAGAAAACCAUUAGGAUCCUAAAGGAGAAAGCUUUCGACCAGGCCCCGGUCGUUGAUGAAUCAGGUGUGAUCCUGGGGAUGGUGACUCUGGGAACCAUUCUGUCGUCUGUGUCGGCUGGAAAGGUCAAACCCUCAGAUGCUGUCAUCAAGGUGCUCUGCAAGCAUUUCAACCAGGUGCACCUUACAGACAACCUGGGGAAUCUCUCCCGUGUCCUUGAAACAGAUCACUUUGCCCUGGUUGUGCAUGAUCACACCCAGUAUAAGGCUGAUGGGUCAGCUUGCCAGAGGAGGAUGGUGUUUGGCGUUGUGACAACGACUGACCUCCUCAACUACAUCACCACAGAUGAGAGGCUUGAUCGCUUGUCCUCUGAGUGCUCGCUGUCGGACAAAAUGUCUCUGUCACCAAUUUCUGUGUAAGAUGUGGAUAAUGUCACCUCCUUACCAAGAGGCAGCGCAUGAGCACCCACGGUUUUAAACUAAAUCAUGUUUCUUUUCAGUGUCUCUAAGGGUCUACAUCUUUGGCUCCACAUAAGGAAAUAGGCUGUGUGUACUAUUGAUAUAUAACAUUCUGAAAUCAAACUUAAAGGAUAAAUUUGGAAAUGUUUUAUAUUUAAUCUCAUUGUCAGCAAAUCCCUUGAAAAGAAAAAACUAGUCGUUUGUAAGUAACAUUUUAAAGACUUUUAAAAACAUUAAACUGUAUAUUUGUGAUCUGUCUUCAGUCGUAACAAAUGCUUUAGGGGCCACAGAGUAGGGAAGCUGGAGAGUAUUGAGAGACAACAUGUUAUUGGUUUGAUUUUUAUGGGAUUUGUCGAUGAACAUAAGGACAAUAUAGAAAAGCACCAGCCUUUUCUGUUUAAAGACGUAAUUUGUCUAGACUUGAUUAUGCUUACUGAAUGUAACUAGAUUAUCAUAACUACAUGAUUUUAUAUGAUAUCAAUCAUUUUCUAAUCAUCAGCUUUUAAUUUAAGUGUUAUGGUUUUACAUCAUGUUUACCUUGUGAGCUCUACUGAGUAUAGUGAAGCCAGACUGAAGGAAAGAUUUGACUUGGCCUGUUAUCACUUCAUCAAAUACUGCUGGAAAAAGCUAAAAGUAGAUCUUCAAUAAAGAUCCUUUUUUGGAUCUUGGGAGUCAAACUGCUGUUUAAGGUUAAGAAUGGAAAUAUGAUACUGUUAAAUAUUUAUAGUACUUUGCCUGAAAAAAACAGUAUGAACUUUAAAUUAAAUUCUAAAAUGUCUGAUGAUAUUGUGGGCUAAUUAAUAUAACGUAUUUUUUAUGGAUAUGCUGGAAACCCAUUGCUUCCUUAUUUUUAGGUUGUGGUUAAGCUUGUUGCUUUUCUGCAGCUCAGUACAGGUGGGUGGAUAAAGCCUUCCACCUGGUGGCUGAAACCAGGCACACUUGUAAUUGUGUGUUAUGUGACAGGAAUCUGCAGCAGUUAAACUUUGGAAUAUUGCAUGUUAACAGAUUCUGGAUUAUCUGUGGCAGAGAAGGAGUAGAUGCAAUUUUAAUUAACCAUGAAACUUUUUUAUGGAAAAACCACAUCAAAUAGAAACCAUUAUUCAAAGCUAAGUAUUUUUUUACAUCUUAAAAUAAGGUUGGAGGGGAUUUUUAAGUAAAUGCAAUACAUGUAUACAAUAUGCAUGUUCAACUACAGUGCCAGGUGUGUCUGGGGCCAUGUUGGGGAACAGGGAGUGCAGGGCAGGCUGUGUGCAUGAGACUAAGUGGAAUGAAGGGGAGAAAGUUUUUUGGAUAGUGUAGGCUAGCGUGAGUUUUCUUAUAUAGAUAUAUGCAAAGUUUUUAAUAAAGUUUUUUUGUGUAGUAUAGUCUCAGUUAGGAUAGAAAAGUGUAAUAUAUUGUAAUUGAGCAUCCUGGUUCGUCCAACUGUAUACUUAAUAAGAAAACAAUAA